AUGAAUCAAAAAAUCACAUUCUCAACUAUCUUGGUUGCGUUAACCUUAUUCUUUAUCUGCUUUACGAAUGCUUCUCCAAUUGAAUUGUCACCUCGUGUUGUCGGCCAAGGCGUAUACGCAGAUUUCACGAUCCUUUCUGGUAGAGUCAAUGUUUAUGAAUUUCAACCCGGAGUUGUUAGAUUUUGGGGACAAUUCAAUACAGGAAUCAAUAAUCCCAAUGGCGUAUAUGAAUUGGUAGUUUCCGGGCCCAACACUAUAACUCCUCAAAGAAUUCCUCAAUCCUUAAUUAGCCCACCUGGAACUGCAGCAUUUCAAUUUGAUUACAAUCGAGGAAUAGAAGCUUUUGCUGGGAGAACUCUUACAGUCCGCCUUGACGGUAAUCCUAUUGAAACAGUGCCUUUUGCUGGUUGA